GUAUUUUUCGGUGAUUUAGAAUCAGUCAUCUCAUAUGAAGGUUGUGAGCAUAGAUCAUCUACAGUGGAUCCAUUUUUAGAUCUUUCAUUAGAUGUGAUACAACGUGGUUCUACUUCAUUGCAAGCUUGUUUGAAGUCGUAUUUUCGACCAGAAUUAAUUGAUGGUUUAAUCUGGUGUUCACAGUGUAAUAUUGGUCGACCAGCUGUGAAACAAUUUAGUUUACUUCAUUUACCAAAUGUUUUAUGCUUUUAUUUGAAGCGUUGUCAUCAUGACACCAAAAUCAAUACAUCAAUCACAUUCCCAAUUGAAUUGGAUAUGGCUCCGUACUUACAUCAAAUUGUUGGUGAUCAAUCAGCUUGGUAUGAUAAAUAUUCCCUGUAUGCUGUAUUAAAUCAUAGUGGUCAAACUAAUUCCGGUCAUUAUACCGCUUAUAUACGUGUUGGACCAAGUGCUUGGUGCCUUUGUGAUGAUCAAAAAGUUGUCUCAGUUAAUUUAAACGAUGUUCUACACACAGAUGCUUAUGUGUUAUUGUAUCAUAAAAAUUUAUUGGCUGUACGCAUUUAACUAUUUUUCUUCUGUCUUUCUCUCUUUGUCUGUCUGUCUGUCUGUCUCUCUCUCUGGUGCCCGUGUACGUGUUCGUGGGUGUGUGUGUGCACGCAUGUAUGCGCAAUCGAUUCUCCCAUCAGUCUUUGAGGAAUGUUUCCCUGUUUUGUACAGUAGAGUACAGUGCAGUGCAGUACAUUGUGUCACUGUGUGUUGUGUUUUCUUUUGAUCCUCACUGAUGAUGAUGAUCUGUUUUGUUUCAGGUGUUUGCUUUCAUUUUUUCCCCAACCAUAUAUAAAAUCAUAGUGUUAGAGUGUCAGUUUAUAUCAGUAGCAGUAUUAGUCAUUCGAAAAAAAACCAAUUGUCUUUCAUAUAUUGAUUGAUCGGUUGAGCACAAAACACAUUAUCAACGUAGAGAUUUUCUUUCGCCUUUUAUAUUCUUUCUUCUCCGCAUUUCUGAUCGUCACGUUCAUCGACAACGAUAAUGGCUAAUAGUUUGGUUUGGGUUAGGGUUGAGUUGUUUGUAUUUGCUCAUGUCCCCUUUGUUCUUUCUUGUUAUUGGUUCCUUGUGGAUUUGUGUCGUUCGUGUAGACAUCUCUAUCUCUCUCUCUCCCUGUGUGUGUGUGUGUGUACAUUUUCAGUAUUUACCAAACUCUUCUUUUUUAUUUUUACAACUUCAAUGUAUCUUUCAGUGUGUCUUUUCUUGUCAUGGUUAUUUAUUGUUACUGCUGUGCUUAUCUCUUCUCAUUCUUCUGUAUGUACACGUACAACUUAUCUGUGUUGAUAUAAAACGCAAUUCUGUUUGUUAUAUGGUAUUAUGUAAUAUAUAUGAGGAAGGAAAAUACAUGUUUAUCU